UCAAACAAAUUUAAUAUAAUAUAAUAUUUAUAGCAUUUAAUUAAUCUAACAAAAACAGUUGACGAAUAAAUUAUGCAGUGCAAGAUUUCAUGUUAUUUAAUAGACUGCGAAAAUUCAUCGUUUAGUUCACACUGAGCGAUCGUAGCUGUAACAUGUCAAUUGUUAUCGACCUCGACUUUGGACGAGCGCGAACGAUUUGUAACGAAAUUAUUUCGCGGAUAUUUUUGUUUGUAUUUAUUGAUUUUUUUUAUAAUUUUAUCUUUGAAAUUUAAAAAAAAAGGAGAAAAAGAAACAUUACAAUUGUGAGAAAUCCCGAAAAUUAAAAAAAGUGCGCGCAUAAAAUUAAAUUUUUUUUCUAUCCUUUUCUUUGCUUGUAUAUCAAAGUUUAAAAUUUAAUUCAAAAUAUUAUUUUAUAUUUCGGUUUCUAAUUUUGAAAAAUCAUAACAUGUAAUUUAUAAAUAAAAAUGCAUUUCUAAAAUUAUUUUUAAUUAUUAAUACAAAUAAUAAUGCAUAUAAAUAGUAUACGUGGAAUUAUUUAAAAGAACUAUUUAAAUAUUUAAAUAAUUUAUUUUCAUAAAGUAUGUCGUUUUGCAUAUUCUAACAAUUUUAUAUAUAUAAUUAAUAUCGAAUAAUAAUUAAAAAUUAUAUGAUAUGCAUAAAAAAAUAAAUAUUUGAAAAAAAUAAAGAAAAUUUUUGCAAAGUCGACAAGAAGAUACGAGUUAUUUAUGCGAUCUAUUUUCACGCAAGUUGUAUUACCUUAGUGGCCUAAAAAUAUCAGUGAAAUUUGAUUAGGCACAGCUUGAUGCUUUAGUAUUACUUAUUCAAAUAUAUAUGUUUAAAAAAAUAUUAUUAUCAAGUUUAUGUUCAUAUUUCAUAAUAUAAUAUGGACAAUAAACCAAUUAAUUUAUUUUUAAAAAACAUCGAAGAAAACACAAGGAAAGUAUUUUCCUCGUCACCUUAUAAUGAAUCUUAUUAUUCAUCUCAAAAAAAUUGUACGCCAGUUAAAAUUAAACAAGAAGAAACUAAUAAUGAAAUUCAGGAAUAUGCAGCAAAUGCAAUGAGUGAAUUAUUGGGAUGGUAUGGCUAUGACAAAGUGGAUAGCGGUUGUACAAAAAGUUUAAAUCUGGAUCAUUUUACAUCUAAACCUAUUACAAAAAAUAAUGAAAUGCUUCAAAUUAAUCAAGAUAUUAUUUCAAACAAAUUAGCAUUAAAAUCUCCAUCAUUAAAUAUAUCUAAUUCAGUUUUUGAAAUGUCCAAUAUAUCUUAUUCUAAUAAUAACUUAAUAUCUCUGAAUAGACAAUUAAUGUCUCCUUUAUCAAUGAAAACAGCAUCUUUUGACUCUACAACUAAAUUUCCAUAUGAAAGUUAUUCAAAUUCUAUUUAUUCAGAUAAUGUAUCUUGUUCUUGGUGUGGUAGAACAUGUACUCAAACAUGUGAAUCAGAAAAAAUUCAUUCUUAUAAUAUGAUAAAUUCUAUGGGAUACUUUUGUAGUGAAACUUGCUUUGUAUCUAGUAGAAGAACAGUUUUUAAACAAACAAAAAUAUGUGAUUGGUGUAGACAUAUAAAAAAUCCAACUAGUUAUGUUGAUCUUCAGGAUGGUGAAAAUCAACUUCAAUUUUGUAGCAAUAGAUGUUUGAAUCAAUAUAAAAUCAAUAUUUUCUGUCAUGAAACACAAACUCAUUUAAUGCUUCAAGAUUUAAACAAUGUUUCUUUUCAUGACACAGAAAAAGGUAGUUUAAUAACACCAGAAUUAUGGUUUCGAAGUUGUCAAUCACCAUUAAAUAAUUCCACAGAAAAUAUAUGUUUAGCUGAUACACAUUUUUCAUCAUCUCUUUAUAAUAAUAGAAUAACAGAAACAGAACAAAAUAAUACUGAAAAGUUAAUAGUAUCUAAUCAAAAAAUAUCAAAAAAAAAAAAUAUAUCAUACAUAAAAAAAUAUACUAAUAAUUAUAAUGAACAAAGAAAAAAAUUUUGUAUAGAAAUUAAUAAAAAUAAUAUUAAUGAACAUAAUAAAAAAAUUUUAAUAAAUGAAGAAAAUAAACAUUGGCAUUAUAUAGCUAAUAAAAGUCAUCAUAGAUUAAAUUAUUCAAAAAAAAAUGAUUUGAAUUAUAAGGAUUUUAAAAAAGAACAUGUAAUGAAUAUUAUAAAUCAUAAUUCACAUAAUCAUCAAAAUAAUAAAACAUUUUUAAAAAAGAAUAUACAUGUAAAAGACAUAAAAAAUUUACAAGAAAAAGAAUAUGUUAAUUCAUCAGGAAACAUGUUAAAAUCAUCAUAUUUUCUAAAUUCAACUUCACAUGUAAUAGACGAAGAAAUUCCAUUUUUAUCUAAAUCAAAUGAAUUUAGCCAAACAAAGGAUCAAAAACAAACUAAUAUUUCUUCAGAAACUUCAUUAUUUAAACAAUCCAAUCAAACUGAAUUAUUUCAUUCAUUACCUUCAAAAUUACCUCCUGUUACAAUACUAGUACCUUAUCCUUUACCCAUUCCUAUACCAAUUCCUAUUCCUAUUCCUAUUCCAGUCCCUAUAUCAACAGCAAUUUUUAGUAAAGUUAUGAUUGACAAAGAGGAUUCUAUAAAUAUAAAAAAAUCAAAUUAUGAAAAUAUAAAAUGUAAAGAUUCAAUACAAAAUAAACAUUCAGUACUUAAUAAGUCACAGAUUAGAACAAAUAUAUCAACAGAAAAUGUACAACAAGUAACAUCAGAUAAAUUCUUAUCAUCAUUUUCUCAAAUGAAAUCUAAUAAUAAAAUCAAUAACAAUUUACAUCAAUUACAACAGAAUUUAAAAUUUUUAAAAAAGAGAAAACAUUUAAAUGAAACUAUUAAUCAUAAAAAUAAAAAAAUUCAAUUAAAAAAGAAAAAUAAAUUCAUAACAACUUAAAAGAUAAUUUAUUAACAAUUUAAGAAAAUAUUUUGUGAUAAAAUGUAUACAUUAGAAAGAAUAUUUUUUAUUUAUAGUUAAUGACACAAAAUAAUUAAUAUAAUUAUUAUAUAAUUAUUAUAUAUAAUAUAAUUAUUAUAUAUAAUAGAGAAAAGUUAUCUUUUUUUAUAUUGAAUGCAAAUAUUUUAUUGAUUAUAAUAAUUUCAUUAGAUAUAAUUAUUAAUAUUUGAUUAUGAUAUAUAUUAUAAUUAUUAUAAAUAUGAUUACAGAUUAUAUUAUAAAUAUGAUUAUAAAUUUUAUUAAAAAAUUAAGAUUACAAAUUUGAAUGCAGAAUACAUAAAAAGUUUUACUUAAUAAUUAAUUUUUUAUGAUUUAAAUAAUUUCAGAAAAAUAUAUUUAUUGUGCAUAUUUAUUUGUUAAAAUUUUAUUCUUUUCUUAUUAAAAAAUAUUUUUUUUGUAUCUUCAUAUAUAAUAUUCAUAUAAGUAGAAAAUAGUUUAAAAUAUAUUAGUAUAGAAUCUAUGAAUAUAUUAUAUAGUUAAUAUUUUGUAAUACAUAAGAAAAAUAAAAAAUGUUUUCUUACCAA